GCAAGCAUGCUGCUUUUUGCAGACGCUGUCGACCGGACCAGUUUGGACUGUUCUCCCCAAUGCAACCCUCCGCCAUCUGUUCACCACCCAAUUGAGCCUCGGGGUUGUUUUCUUUCUUUCUCUUUGUAUUUUAACCCCUUUUCUUUUUAUCCUCCAUGCUUUUGAAUGUAAAAAAAAAAAAAAAAAAAAAAAAAAAAAACAUCAUUGUAGAUAGUCUAAUCUUGCAAAUGCAUCGCCUUGUGUGUGCGUAAACCAGCAUCCACUUGGGAACAGGUUGCAGGGAGCUUCAUUUUAUUUUUUUUAUUUUUUUUUUACAACAAUGGCUGACAGUAAUGCAGAAUGCAAUAUCAAGGUGCUGUGUCGUUUUCGUCCACUCAACCGGUCAGAAAUCCUGCGUGGAGAUAAGUUCAUCCCGGUGUUCCAAGGUGAAGACGCCGUUCUCCUUGGGGGGAGGUGCUACGUGUUUGACCAGGUGUUCGCCACCACCGCCACCCAGGAGCAGGUCUACAACACCUGUGCCAAGCACAUUGUCAAAGAUGUACUGGGCGGAUACAACGGGACCAUCUUCGCUUACGGCCAGACGGCCUCGGGAAAAACUCACACUAUGGAGGGAAACCUUCAUGACCCUCAGGGGAUGGGCAUCAUCCCCCGGAUCGCAGAAGACAUUUUCGAACACAUUUUCGCCAUGGACGAGAACCUGGAAUUCCACAUCAAGGUAUCCUACUUUGAGAUCUACAUGGAUAAGAUUCGGGACCUGCUCGAUGUGACCAAAACCAAUCUGUCAGUGCACGAAGACAAAUACAGAGUCCCUUAUGUGAAGGGUUGCACUGAACGCUUUGUCACCAGUCCAGAAGAGGUGAUGGACGUGAUAGACGAGGGCAAGGUCAACCGCCACGUCGCCGUCACCAACAUGAACGAGCACAGUUCGCGCAGUCACAGCAUCUUCCUGAUCAGCAUCAAGCAGGAGAAUGUGGAGACGGAGCAGAAGCUCACCGGAAAACUCUACCUGGUGGACCUGGCCGGGAGUGAGAAGGUCAGUAAGACGGGCGCCGAGGGAGCCGUGCUGGACGAGGCCAAGAACAUCAACAAGUCUUUGUCGGCCCUCGGAAACGUCAUCUCGGCUUUGGCCGAAGCAACGAAGUCCCACGUGCCGUACCGUGACAGCAAAAUGACGCGCAUCUUGCAGGGCUCGCUGGGGGGCAACUGUCGCACCACCAUGUUCAUCUGCUGCUCCCCCUCCAGCUACAACGACGUCGAGACCAGGUCCACGCUCAUGUUCGGCCAAAGGGCAAAGACCAUCCGAAACACGGUGACGGUGAACCUUGAGCUCACCGCCGAGCAGUGGAAGAGGAAGUACGAGAAGGAGAAGCAGAAGAACAGGUCGCUAAAGGAGACCGCGCGCAGACUCGAGGCUGAGCUGAGCUGCUGGAGGAAUGGUGAGGUUAGAGGAGGGUCAAAGGACAAGAUGGUCCCGCCGCCCGACUGCGAGGAGCUGGACAUCUGCAGCCCGUGCUCCCUGACCUCCUCCAUCGUGGUGCACAUCUCCAAUGAGGAGCGUCACAAGUACGAGGACGAGAUCCGGAAGCUCUACAAGCAGCUGGAUGACAAGGAUGCUGAGAUUGACUACCAAAGUCAGAUGGUGGAGAAACUGAAGGAGGAGAUGCUGAAGCAAGAGGAGUUCCUGGCGUCCUCCAGGGGCGACGGCGAGAGGGUGCAGUCAGAGUUGGGCCGGCUGCAGACGGAAAACGAGUGCUCCAAGGCGGAGGCGAAGGAGGUGCUGCAAGCCCUGGAGGAGCUGGCGGUCAACUACGACCAGAAGAGCCUGGAGGUGGAGGAGAAGAGCGUGCAGAACAAGCUGCUGGCUGAGGAGCUCGCCAAGAAAAUGACUCGCCUGGUGGCGUUGGAGGCGGAGCUUUCCCACAUCCAGGAGGCGAGCCGCCACCAGAGGAAGCGCAUCGCCGAGGUCCUCAACGGGCUGAUGAGGGACCUGAGUGAGUUCGGCGCCAUCGUGGGCAACCGGGACGUCAAACUGUCCACGGAGAUCACGGACGUCAUCGAGGAGGAGUUCACGCUCGCCCGCCUCUACAUCAGCAAGAUCAAGUCGGAGGUGAAGUCCAUGGCGAAGCGUUGCCGCCGCUUGGGCAGCCUUCAGGCAGAGUGCCAGCGUAAGAUGGAGGAGACGGGCAGGCAGCUGUCCUCCUGCCACCUCCUCGUCGCACAGCACGAGGCCAAGAUCCGCUCGCUGACCGAGUACGCUCAGGACGUGGAGCGCAAGAGGAGGCAGCUGGAGGAAAGCUACGACUCCCUGGCGGAGGAGCUGGCCCAGGUCCAAGCUCGAGAGACCGUGUCACAGUUAGCCAGCGGGGAGAAUGACUCUGUCCAGGGAUGCUGUGACAUCCAGAGGCUUCUGGAGCAGCAGAUGGAGUCGCACCGCACGGCGCACAGCGAGCAGCUCGGCCACCUGCGCGACAAAAUCAAUGAGCAGCAGGGGAUCGUCAACGACUUAACCCACUGGAACCAGAAGCAGGAGCUGGAGCUGGAGCAACUGCACAGCGACUACGAGCGUCUCCGCGGACGAGAGCGUCAAAAGAGCAGACAGCUGGAGGAGCUGACAUUUCUCCACGAGAGACACGAGCAGUCCAAGCAGGACCUAAAGGGCCUGGAAGAGACGGUGGCCCGCGAGCUGCACAGCCUCCACAACCUGCGCAGGUUUUUUGUCCAAGACCUCACCACUCGCGUGAGAAAGAGUGCAGAUAUGGAGCGUGACGGCAGCGGCGGAUACAUCACCCAGAAGCAAAAAAUUUCCUUUCUGGAGAACAAUCUUGACCAGCUGACAAAGGUCCACAAGCAGUUGGUCCGCGACAAUGCAGACCUCCGCUGCGAGCUCCCGAAGCUGGAGAAGCGUCUUCGGUCCACCGCCGAGCGAGUCAAGGCGCUGGAGGGCGCCCUGAAGGAGGCCAAAGAAGGCGCCAUGAAGGACCGACAGCGGUACCAGCAGGAACUGGAGCGCAUCAAGGACGUCAUGAUGAGGGCCAGGAAUCCCUUCCGACGUCCUCACGCCGCACAUAUAGCUAAGCCUGUGCGUCCUGGCCACGCCUCACCCACGCACACCCUCUUCACCCGAGGCCUCAGCGAGCACCCUGUUUCAGUGAGUGACGAUUCACCCCGCGCUGGCCCGCCAGCUCCACAAGCUGCCACUCCAGCACCGGAGAGCGGUCGCACUGCCCCCGAAACCAACCAGAACCGACCCGCUGGAUGCUUGGACCACCAAAACAAUGCUCAGAACAUGCCUCUGCCGAGUCAAGCCGACACCGCCGAGAUGCUCGAUUCAGAAAACGGAAACACCAAAGACAUUAAUGACAACAGCAUGUGUAUGAACGACAACGGCGUGUCUACCAGCGACGUCUGUGACAAUCGGGACCCGAGCAAACUCGACAGCUUGCACUCGAGAGGCCACCGCCAGCUCAUAGAAAAGCUAGCAGCUGAUCAGCCGUCUUUGUAGCUUCGUCCUCACCUGCUGUAACACGCCUCCAUCUUCUUCCUGCUAUUCUGUUAUGUCCAAGGACUGCGUGUGAUGGAAAUGUGCAUUGCCAGAGGUCACCACUAGCUGGUGCUGUUUGUCAUAAACUACUAUUAAUGUUAUUUUUUUUCCUUUUUUAUCAUUACCAUAUUUCCUCAAAUAGUGUCCCUUACUCUAAUACUCUAAUCCAUGCCGUAAUUAUUUGCAGUGUAGGUUGUUCCACUUCCUCAAAUAGAAGAACUUCCUUUUCCGCUGUUUUUUUCACAAAGACGUUCAAAAGUUAACUAUUGAGUCCGUUUUUAACUCUGUUGGUCACAUAAACAGCAGCACUUACCGAAGCACAUAAACAGUCUCGCAGUUGGAUUCAAAUGUGGAGUUCUACCGGGUGUUGUAAAUUCCUCGCGCGUUAUUAACGAUGUUGUUUUAACGUUAACUGUCUUACGUUUUGUGGAGAGAGCGCUUAAUGUUCCGGUAGACUCUGAUGUGCGGUCGCUCCACAAUGUUGUCUGUGUCCAUUUUUAGCCACCUUAUUAGUGCUGCUUUGUCUGACUCAGCUGUUGUUGUUUCUUUAUGUGGCGACAGUGUCUUUAGUGGCGAUUAGCAAUGCAGUGGAUACCAACUUGUGGUCCCUCCACAAUGUUGUGUGCGUUUGUUUAUGUUCAGGGUAGCUAUGCAACGUAUUCUUUUUGGCCCACCUGUUGCUGUUUUUGCUUGUUCAUAAUGCAGAGACAGGCACUUUGCCAUGAAUGUCGGUCCAGUCGACUCUGACUUGUGGUAACGCCACAAUGUUGUGUCGGUCCAUGUUUAUGUUCUGGGAAGCUAGGUGACUUGAUAGUUCUGCACAGUCUGCCUUAUUUCUUGCUAUUUUGUUAUGUGGAGAUAAUAUUUGUAGUUAUUACGACUUGUCGUUGCUCCACAAUGUUGUGUUCCGGGGAGCUACGCAACUUCGUUUGUCCCAGUCUGCCUCAUUUCUUGCCAUUUUUCCAUAACAAUCAUUUUUAUUUUGUAUUAAACGCCCAAUUUCACUUGACAAUAGAGGCCUCACCCAAUCCCAGCCACUGUAUGAGGAAAUAUGGUAUUACUAUAGGGAUAUUUUUUUGACAACAGACUGUGUUGUUCUGUUCUGUACUGUAUGCCCCCCACACCCCACCAACCCCUUUGCAGCCAAAUCUGUACUGAAAUAAAAAUAUAUAAAAAGAGUAUUUUUAAACAUAUACAAAACGAUAAAAAUAUAUGAGAAUAUAGUAGUUUCUUUUCCACUGCUGGACCAUGCCAUUCUGGUUACUCAGACAGGAGUGAAUUAUGCAUCUGUUAGGUCUAUUUUUAGCCUUGGAUGAAUGCAUGUUUUAGAGUGUAGUUCCGGCAGAGUGUGUGCUAAUGUGUGUGCCUGUGUGUAUGUAUGUGUGUGCGCACAUUGGUGUUUAUAGUACCUUGUCAGGAGGAUCAAUGAAUAUAUACAUACGCUGUAUGUAAUAUAUCAAAUAGGAUCAGGGUUAUUCCCAAAUGAGGAUUUUGAAAUGCUGGCAGGUUCACAACGCUCACCUCCGCCAACAUAAUGUUCUCAUACCUUUUUGGUUUUACACAAACUGAUGAUAUUCUUUCAAUUUUUCCAAAAGAUCAUGACUUUGCACACACACACAUAUAUAUGUAUAUAUACAUAUAUCUUUCAUGAAAUAUGAAUAGAUUUGUCGCAUGUUUGGAAUAACCUAAAAUCUGAGGGAAAUUAUAAUUUAUGUUAAAUCAAGUAAUCAGAAGCAGUAGUUAUUGCCACAUAAUCACAUAUUUAUGUGGUGAUUUAAAUCCAUCCAUCCAUCCAUUUUCCAUCCGGAGUGCCCGGAGAAAAGCCACGCAGGCACGGGGAGAACAUGCAAACUCCACACAGGCGGGGGCGGGGAUUGAACCCGUGUCAUCAGAACUGUGAGGCAGACGCUCUAACCAGUCUCCCACCGUGCCGCCGUGAUUUAAAUCACCCUGAUAAAAAAUCCCUCAGAUUUUAUUGCAGCCGUAAAAAUUUGAAACCACUCCUGAAAAAUGACAACAAUUGAGUUAGCCCACUCUAGUUCUCAGUGUCGCAAUUAUUAGAGUUGUAUAAGUUGAAUGGCGUCUGUCAGGGUUUAAAAGUGAUGCUAUGAUGCAAAAGCACGGGGUAAAAGAUGUGAAGCAACUAUUUUUAAGUAUAUGAUCGGUACUUCCAGUUUGAGAGACAAUGUAUUAUCUCUAUUUAUUUUGCUACUUUUUAUUUAUGAGCGGCUGUUUAAUGUGCAACAUUUGUUUUCAUUGGCUUAGUGUUACUCUUUUGCAAAAUACUAAAAGUUAUCCCGUCGAAAAUAUAUUUUUCAAUUGUUAUUAUUAUGGUUAGUUAGGCUGAUGAUGACGCUGAGGUUACACGUGCACACUCGUACAUAUGACCUCAUCCAACAGUCUGUUGACUUCGGACCUCAAAUCCAAGUUCAGUGCACCCUGGAUGAGUCACGUUACGUGUGAUUGAUGAUUUGAUUGAUUACUGUCGUCCGUCACGCGUCCUGAUUAACAAGUCAGGAAGUGAGGGUUGUGUGCGCCUGUGUGUGUGAAACAGGUGCGCUUGUGAAUACUUAGCAAGCUGUCUUUCUCUUUUAACUUUUUAAACAAGACUAGUGAGGCUUAACAUAUGCAUGAGGCACUUUAUUGUUAUUAUUCUGAUGUGUCUGUGACUCGUUUUCUCACUUUGUUCCUGUGUCCCCAAUUUCGCACCUUUUAUUUUACAGUAUUUCUACUGUAUGUAGUUAGUUGUGUUUAUUAAUUGCAUUUGUUUAACUUUUACUUUAUUUUUUCAUAGUUUUUUUCAAUUGGUUUUAGUUUUAAGUGAUUAAGUUUUAAUCCCAUUUAAUUUUUUCAUGUGGCUUGAUUUUUCAUUUUAUUUUCUAUGCAUUUGUUUUGCUUAUUUUAUUCAGAUUUCUUUUAAUUCUGUUUUAAUUUGUUUGCAGCAAUUUAGUUGAAUGUUAUUUUCAUUUCAUUUAUUUAGUUUAUUUUAGCUUCUUUUAUUUUUAUUUAAUUUUAUCUAAAUUUUACUUAUUUUUUUUUAUUUGUUUCAUAUUUAUUUUACUUAUUUUAUUUUAUUUGUGAUUUUUAAUUGAUUUUAGUUUUUAAAAGCCUGCAGUGAUUCCAUUGGAAUUUUAUUUUAUCGUUAUUUCCUUAGUUGCUUUUUUCAUUUUUACUUAUUUGGUUUACUUAAUACUGUGAUUGCUUUGGAAUUUCAUUACAUUUUGAUGUAUGACGUCAGCAGGCACCUUAAGCUUGUGGUUAGCACAGCCGUCUCACAGUUCUGAGGUUGGGGGUUUGAAUCCGGGCUGCGGACUUCCGGUUUCCUCCCACAUCUCAAAAACAUGCUUGUUAGGUUCAUUGAAGACUCUAAAUUGUCCUUACGUGUAAAUGUGAGUGUGAAUUUGUUGUCAGUACGUGCCCUGCGAUUGGCUGUCGACCAGUUCAGGGUGUACCCUGCCUCUCGCUUGAAGUCAGAUGGAUGGAUGUUUUAGUUAAUUAUUGGAUUAUUAUAUUUUGUAAUUUCAGUUCAUGUAGUUUUCAGUGCCCCAGUGUGAACUCAAGCAAACUUUGGUUAAUCAAUUGCAAUAUGUUGACACAACCUAUAGAAACCACAAGUUGAAUGGGAAUAACCUCUCAUCAAUAAUAAAAAAAUAAAUAAAUAGCAAAACAAGUGUCCUGACAUGCACUGUGAUUGUAAACUGUGCAGUGUGCAAAAUGACAUCGAUUUGUUUUUAGUCUUCUUGCUCUGUUUAUCUAUAUGAAAAUAUCGCGUAACUGAGAUGUUCUACCGUAGCGUUAAAUAUGCAGAAAUAGAAGAAUGACAAGAAUGUUGGGGAAGUACAAACAAAACAAAAAAAUGGUGACAAAUUGUAUGUUUGUAUCAUGGUGUAUUGUUGCAUUUAUAUCUCCCGUGUGAUGUUGUGCAUGCGGUGCUUUCCCUUUGUAGCAGAAGCUGACAAACACACUUGUCCUCCAAUUCAAUCUCCUUUCAAUAAAAAAAAGGACUGAGAGUGUAUAGAA